ACACAAUCACCUAGAUAGAUAGUUCUCGUAUCACUUCAUCAAUAUCUAUUAUCUGUCAACUGGAUUACCUCUUUCUUUCAUGGUAAAUCAAUGAUAAUUAUGAUGUUCCUGAUAAAUGCUCCUCGUGACGUUCACCACACCCCGGUUAUCGGGGGUUGUGCCAUAAUGGGGUUAGCUUACGUAUGAUGAAAUCCGCAUAUGGCAACUUUCGUUCCUCACCCCCCCAAGCUCCCAUACCUACAUUUAUCGACGUAUUUUGAAGUUUCGAAGUUUUGAUAACAGCUUAUUCAUUCGUGUAAAUCACAACCCGAACAUUCACAGAAAUAGAACUUAUUGCAAUAUGUACUCGACUCGUACCCAACCGUCUCAACACAUAUAAGCUAGGAUUAUUCAACUUCGCUACUUUACCUCCAAGUCAUGAAACGAUCCAACUAUCGGUACAUAACGAUCACACUUCGUCUCCAUAUUGGUCCAGUCCGUUAUUCACUACUGAAUUGAGAGCUGUACGGAGGUAAAUAACAAGUACGGCUGCUGCGCCCAGGAGGCUCGAGAACAAAUCAAAUCACAUCAAACAAAAUCAAGCCAAAUCAAACCAAACCAUAUCAACUUUCAUAAUCUAGCCUCCCUCGACUUACUUUUAUACCUAGGUAUUUACAAACAGCAACGGGUCUCUUGCUCCUACUUCUACUACAGCCUACAAACUUUCGAAAAUGACAAACUCAUAUCCUACGGGCUCCCCGGCGUUACCAGACUCUGGCAUGCCUACUGGAGCUUCCGGCUUUAUGCCUAGAAGAUCUUCAUAUGCAUCUGUUGUCUCUGGCAUAGCUGGGGGUAACUCUCAACAGUUUGGUCAACCUCCAAGAUCCGGCGCUUUCGCAAAUCUCCUAAAUUCGAAUACACACAUGUUAAAUCAACAACAUGAUUCCAUCUACUACGAUCCAAAUUAUAAUUAUGCCACUGGACGAUAUGGAUAUGGGGGCUUUCUUGGUUUUGAUGAGGAAAAUGGCAAUGGCGGGGUCAAUCAUGGACGAUCAGCAUCAUGGGGUAGAGGUGGGCAGCUUCCAAGCUUCUCAAGUGCUUUUGGUUCACUAGUAAAUGGCCAUGGGCACGGUGGACCCGGUGGAUAUGCGGACCAUUUCUUUGUGCCCUCGUAUCUGAAGGGGUCAAAAUAUGUACAAAAGCUAGAGGAAGCGCACAGGGCAAAAGUUCUGGCGCAUAGAGAUGGGUCGUCGGCUCCACCGUCACAACCGAAUUCCCUUUCAACUAGUGCUAGCAGUGUCAAUGUACAUGCAAAGAUGGUACCUUCGCAUCGAGGUAGACCUUAUGAUCUUGUCGAAAAAUCCUCCCUCAUCGAAGACGAAACUCUGUCGCCGUUACCAAGUAAAUGGAGUACAAGUGACAAGUUUGGAGCACUCGAUGUGUUGAGCGAUGGGUUAGAAGUCAAAUUGACAGGUCCGAAAUCUAUGAAUGAUCGAGAUAACGAAGCGUCGGCCAUUAGAACCGAUUACCCUAUGCCUCCCCAAUGUGGAAUUUAUUACUUUGAGGUGACAAUUUUGUCGCGGAAGCGAGAGGAGUAUGUUUUCUACUCGAUUCCUACAACUGAAGACUGUCUAACCUUCUCUUUAGUAGCUCUAUUGGUAUUGGAUUUUCUACUAAACAAGUAUCCAUAUCAAGAUUACCAGGAUGGGAACCUGAUUCUUGGGCAUAUCACGGUGAUGAUGGUCACGGAUAUGCUGGUCAAAAUACUGGGAAACCUUAUGGACCAUCAUUUACUACGGAUGAUACGAUAGGAUGUGGUGUAAACUUUUCUACUGGUUCGGCCUUUUUUACAAAGAAUGGAGAUCAUCUAGGUCAGUAUUUGUGAAUCCUCUCUCAUCAUGAUUUGUUUCUAUACCAUUGAAAAGUGGUUGAUUUAUUUGGAAUAAUUACUGAUACUUUUAAUUCAAGGUAUCGCCUUCCGAGACAUAAAGGGGAAGCUCUUUCCUUCUGUUGGUAUGAAAAAACCUGGCGAGCAUAUUAGAGUAAAUUUUGGGCAGAGUCCAUUUGUCUACGACAUAGAUGGCAUGAUUUCGGUCAGUAAAUGCAUUUUCACAUUCUAAUGAUGCCCGAUCUUUACGAAACACUUAAAGAGGCAUUAAUGGACCAGCUGGCGCGUCUUAAACAACGGAUGGGGGCAUCAACAACCAGAAAUUCUGGGAAACUUGAAGUACAGGAUUUCGAUGUGGAGAAGAGCCCGCAACAACCUCUGCCACCAUUAACUCGCUUUUUCUUAUGCUAAUUGUUGAUAUAGGAAGAGGAAAGGCAAAUCAAAAAGGAAAUAGCAUCAACCAGGUACUUGAUUACAAUCUCAUGACUUAUUGAUAUGCUAAAACUUCCCUUAGUACUGCAAAGCUUCACCCACCUUUAAGUGAAACAGAAUUAAUUCAAGCUUUGGUAUUUAAGACUAUCAAAAAGUUCCACAGUUUAAUAGCUGAUUAUGUAUAGGUUUUACAAUUUCUAACACAUGAUGGCUAUGUUGAAACGGCAAGAGCAUUUGCGGAUGAAGUUCAUUCUGAGAAGAAAGCUUUGAAUAUGGAUCCAAAUGUUACAAUACCGGGAUUUGAUAUCAAAGACGAUGAAGAUGCUGCUCAUAGGCAACGUAAGUUUUCCCGGUGAAUGAGAGGCUUUUAUACUGAUAUUAUACAGGGAUACGCACAGCAAUAUUAGAAGGAGACAUUGACCAGGCUCUCAAACAUACUAACGCAUACUAUCCUCAAGUUCUCAAAGAUAACGAACACGUUUAUUUUCGAUUAAGAUGUCGCAAAUUCAUCGAAAUGGUUAGACAAAUGGCAGAAAUGCACAACUCCAAUUCCACCAACGGAUCAAAGAAGAAUACGGCGCACAACGGGGAUUGGUAUGAUGAUAUUAUAAAUCAUGAUAUGGAAUUGGAUGAUCAUCAAGCCCAAGCCAACAAUUGGGAUAGGAUGGAAACGGAUGGUGGAGUAGAUUUUGAAACGGAAUAUCAAAAUCUACUUUCAGAGACUUUGUCAUAUGGACAAGUUCUUCAAGCAGAAUUUAAGGACGAUCCAAGAAGAGAGGUUAGCAAAGCUUUGGAAGAUGCUUUCUCGUUGAUUGCAUAUAAAGAUCCUAUUAACGAGAAAACCGUCUCACAUCUUUUGGAUCCAAGUGGAAGGCUUGCUGUGGCUGAGGAAUUGAACUCUGCUAUUCUUCGUAAGUUUUCCGUUAGUUUUAUUUGAAGAUCAAUAGCCAUCUUUUCUGUGUGCACGAAUGGUUACUAACUAUAGAUAAAAGUUUCCCUUGGCAAAUCGUCCUCAGCGGCUCUCGAACGAGUCUACCAACAAACCACAAUACUUUUAGAAGAUUUAAGGGAAUCAGGUGGUCCAGGGGCUUUUGUUAAUAUUGAUGAUUAUACGAGACCAAAGAGACAUGACGGUGCCAAUGGAAAUCAUAUUCUAGGUUGAGGGGGGAAAUGUAGGUGUUUGUGUUGGUGUUUGUAUAGUAUCCCUAAGAUGCUUGGGAAAGGAAAACUUGAAAAUUCGCAGGCUGAAGUUGAGGUAUUAGACUUAUUUUUUUAUUUCAUAUCUUAUUGAUAUGGUAAUGAUGGUUAUGUUAUCGAGAGCGAGUCAAUUGGCUGUGUGUAUCGAUGGGGAUUGGUUUGUGAGUGGAUAAUAAGAUUACAAUGGUAGGUAAGGAAGGCAAAGAAUGGGGCGGUGGCUUUGUGGGAGAAUGGUCGAAGGUGGAUGGAGUCUUUUUGACUGCGCUGCAUUAUAUGAUUUAUGAAUUACAUUGGCAAUUAGUAAUUAGCAACAGGG